CUCCCUACAUUCAGACGCGAAUUUAAACAGUUCAUUGAAGUGAAUACAGAUAAUCAGUGUUUUUAAAAUGACGUGUCGUAGCUGUUGGAUUUUCCAGUUCGUGCUAGGUUGCGGAUUGUGGUUACAGCUUUGCAGUGGUCAAGGGUUAUCGGUGAUUGGCACAAAACUGAUUAGGCCUAACCAAAUAUAUUCGGUGGCAUUUAGCAAUUCACUGAAUCGUAAUGUUCGCCUAGAGGUAUCAUUGCGGGGCCUCGACCCUGGAUCAGUGCUCAAACAACGCUCCACCGUUGUAGUCAGUAGAAGGUCCGGAAAAUUCGUAUCGUUUCAGGUCGGCGACAUCGUGGAUGGUGAUUAUAGUUUAUCAAUCCGGAGUAUAGAUCAAGAUUUCAUCUUCAAUGAAGAUGUGGAUCUGAUGUACGAGCGUAAAACAUUAUCCGUUUUCAUACAAACUGAUAAACCGAUAUAUAAACCAGGAGAUACGUUACAUUUCCGGGUUGUGGUUGUCGAUGCCGAUACUAGACCCGUUGCCAACAUCGACACUAUUAAUAUAGGUCUUACAGACUCCGACGACAACUCCAUCAGACAGUGGCCAUAUGCUAGACUUUGGCGUGGAGUGUUUGAAUCUGCGGUUCUGCUCGCACCAUCACCAUUGCUAGGGAAUUGGACUCUGACGGUGACAGCAGGAGAUGUCACGGUUGAGAAGCAGAUAGAGGUCAGAGAAUACGUCCUUCCAAAGUUUUUUGUGAAAGUCUUCCCAUCAGAGAUCCUGUUGAUAGAGAGAAAAGAAAUUAUAGUAUCCGUGGAAUCUUUCUACACGUUUGGAAGCCCAGUUGAUGGAACAGCACUGGUACGCUUAUUUGUGGAUGAUAAUAACUUUUCUGAAAGCAUGCCAAUCACUGGUACCAGCACGGUCAAGUUCAAUCUACAAAAAGAACUGGAAAUCGAAGGAGAAUCACAGAACUACAGAGACGUGAUAGUUGAAGUUGAAGUGACGGAAACUUUUACAAAUCGUACCAUGAAUAUAACACAAUCUAUACCAGUGUUCCUGUAUCCAUAUAACAUCUCGGCGGUUGUGACUACACCCCAAUUUCGACCGGGUGUUCCAUAUCCACUACAAAUUGUUGUGAAGGAUCACUAUGGUAAACCGGUCGCUGAUGGAAAAAAUAUUAAUGUAUUGGUGGCGUAUGAGGGGGAUGGUUAUAGUGAAGAUAUUGCGCUAGUCGAGACCCUCAGUGAACGAGGAAUAGCAACAUUUGUUUUGCAGCCACCUGAAAAUUCCGACCGAUUGGGAAUCUCGGUGAACUAUGAUUCCGUUGACUAUGGUGUUAUCGAAACGUUCGAUGGUGUUCAAUCACAAAGCAACCAGUACAUUCGAAUCUCUUUGAAACCCAGAUCUGUGGUUCGCGUCAAUAAGGAGAUUGCCAUCGAUGUAAGCUGCACGGAAGGCAUGAGUCAUCUAUCCUAUAUAAUAAUUUCGAGAGGUAGGCUCGUCACUUCCGGUCACGAACUGGUGAGGAAUCGAAAGAAGCACACGUUCCGAUUGAAACUUACGCCGCCGAUGGCACCGAAGGCUAAAUUAAUCGUUUCUUAUACCAGCAAACAAUUUUUGAUCUACGACGAUUUGGAGCUGGAUUUUGAUGUUUUCAAUAAUAACUUUAGGUUUUCAUUGGAUAAAAAAGAAUACCGACCGGGCGGAGAUAUCACCAUAGAAGCGGAAGCUGGCAGCGAUUCGUAUGUGGCUUUCGCUGCAAUCGAUCAAAAUGUGCUUCUAUUGGGGCGAGAUGGAAAUGAUUUUUCGAAAAGCGAUGUAUUGCAUGAGUUAGCUCGCUAUGGUGCGACUGAACCGAACGAUUUCGAUCCUUUUCAUACGAUGGGAUUGUUUCUGAGAACAACAGCUGAAGUCGAUUUUCCAUCUUCGCGGGGCCAAUUCAACAGAUUCGGUGGCUAUUUUCCCGCACCUUCAAGGCGUGUUCAAAAGGCAGUCCACAUACGAACGGAAUUUCCGGAAGCAUGGCUGUGGAGGAACUUCACCAUGAAUACGCGGCAGCCUGUACUCAGUUUUGAGGAUACCGUGCCGGACACAAUCACUUCCUGGACUGUAACAGGCUUUGCACUUAGUCCCACGCUCGGUCUGGGACUAAUGAGUGAGCCGCAGUCAUUCGUCGUCAAGCAGUCCUUCUACAUCAUCGCUAAUAUUCCCUACUCGAUCAAACGUGGUGAGGUGGCGCUGAUUCAGGUGACGGUAUUCAACUUUCUCGGCAAUGCCGUAACGGUGGAUGUUACGUUGUUCAACAGACAUGACGAGAUUGAGUUCGUCGAAAACUCAUCCACUGAUAACACACGUCGUCGUAAAGCUAUUACUGUACCAUCGAACAGCGGAAAACCAACCUCGUUUAUGAUAAAAGCCAAAAAGAUUGGCGACGUUGCAAUUAAAGUUGAAGCUGUUUGUCAGAGAGCCUCUGAUGCGGUGGAACAUAUGCUGCGAGUUGUUCCGGAAAGCCAUCUGUACGAGGAGAACGAAGCUCGUUUUAUUGAACUUGUUAAUCACGGUACGCAGAAUUUCGAUAUCUCGCUGAACAUUCCAAAAAAGGUUGUCCCCGGGUCAGUCAAGAUAACAUUCACUGUUGCUGGUAAUUUACUGGGUCCGGCGAUUAAAAACCUGGACUCACUGAUUCGAUUACCGACGGGCUGCGGCGAACAGAACAUGAUGAAUUUUGUACCGAACGUUGUCGUGUUGGAUUACCUGGUGGAAACGGGGACGCUAGCUGAAGAUUUGAAAACCAAAGCCACCAACCAUUUGCAAAGUGGCUACCAGAAUCAGUUGAAGUACAAAUGCGCCGAUGGUUCGUUUAACGUUUGGGGACGGACCGAAGACAAUGGCAAUACUUUUCUGACUGCAUUCGUGGCGAAGUCGUUCAAGAUCGCCGAUAAAUACAUCACCAUCGACAGAUUGGUUGUUGAAACAGCUUUUCAAUGGCUGGCGGAUAUUCAGAAACCAGAUGGACAGUUUGCUGAAGUGGGAACUAUUUUCAGUAAAGAUCUUCAAGGAGGAUUAGGAAAUUCAAACUAUUCACUUACUGCCUAUGUACUGAUUGCCUUUCUUGAAAACGAAGAUAUUUCGGAAAAGUACAGGACGACGAUUGAUAAAACGCUGACGUAUUUGGUAAACAGUUUUGACUUGAUGACCGAUGUUUAUGAUCUAGCAUUGGCGACAUAUGCACUGGCACUAGACAAGCAUGCUAAAACUACGGCUUUCAUGGGAAAACUCGUCGAAAAUUCCAUAUUCGAUAAGCAUUCAAUCACACGGUAUUGGGACAGAAAACCAGUUGGCAUCGAAGUAGCUGGUUAUGCUCUUCUGGCUUACAUGCAACAAGGUAGCUAUGCAGAUGCAACUCCCGUUGUGCGUUGGUUGAACGAGCAACGAUAUGGUCAGGGUGGUUACCGAGGAACGCAAGACACCUUUGUUGGACUGAAAGCAUUGGCUAGAUUUGCUGCGAAAAUGAUUGCAAGUAGAAACAACUAUAGAGUAAUGCUGGUCAAUCCUCAUCAAAAUAGAAAUGCACGUUUACUAACUUUUGAUGUCAAUAGCGAGUCAUCGAUGGAUGUCCAGGAAAACACUCUGCCACAUCACAUCAGAUCGUUGGGUGUCAAAAUCGAAGGGAUAGGUAAUGGAAUGUUUCAGGUUACCUAUCAAUAUAAUGUGGAUCUUGAGCAAGCUAAACCCAGCUUCAAUCUGAACGUUCAAUUGUUAAAUACAACCACACAUUUCGUACAGCACUUGGAAGUGUGUGUUAAUUUCAUACAAAGAGGAAGUCUUAGAGAAACCAACAUGGCAUUGGUGGAGGUAUAUUUUCCAAGUGGAUUUAACGCGGAUGGAGACGCUGUAACGAAUCGUACUCCGAACAACCAAAUCAAGAAAGUUGAAGUUCUGUACGAGGGCUCCAGUGUUGCCGUUUAUUACGAUAAGUUAGUAAACACUCCGAGUUGUUUCACUGUCACUGCUUACCGGCGCUUAAAGGUGGCGAUGCAUAGACCAGCUCACGUUGUUGUAUAUGACUACUAUGAUCAAGGGACAGUCUCCGAUAUUGGUAAAAAUAAAGAGCUGGAAAUACGUUGUCGAGACCUGCAGAACAGGUGUGACCGGCUGGAGAAGGACUUGACCGGUGCAUACGCCAUCAUCGAUGAUUUGGAGUUUGAGCUAGAAAGUAUUGAUUAUUUAGAGAAUGAAAAUGAACGAUUGCAGCAGGAAGUUCGACAUUUGAAGUCCAAUCAUCGAUUCCAUGAUAUUGUGCCAAACGUUUAUGAUAAAGGCGUGAACAGGUCGUCAAUGGACGAGGCGGAUGGUGAUGCAGUUGUUUCAGCGAAUAAGCUUCUGCUUCCUGACGAAACCACAGAGGAAGUGACAAUAAGAUGUUCAAGUGGCGAUAAGAAGCUUCGUCGAGACGAGCUGAACAGGAAACUUGAAACCUUGCACGUGAGACACAGCAUCCGCCUUCCGACGACAUGUGAAUAGUGCCGAUUGUGAGCAGCCGACUCUGAUUAGUCAAUCACUAAAAUUAGCUAUUUCUGAAUAAAAAUACUCCAUUGCCCAUUCGUAAGCAAGCACGUAUCAAUGUUUCGACCCGAUGGGAUCGUACCAAAGCAAAGUGCUGACCAUCAUUAAUCAAACCAUUAUCAACAUAAGUGCACAACAAUUUUCCACCGUUAAUAAGCCAUGCAUUCGGACAGUGUAGUUUUUUGCAGCUAUUAUUUCCAUAGUAAUAGCCUGACAAGCCCGACCUUGUUUUGUCAAUAAUUUGUUUGGACAGUGCCUUUUAUCUGCCCGCGGUAGUAGACCACCACUUUCGCGACAAGGUUUUAAAUCUGCUCAUUAUGGAUACGAAAGGAACUGGCAAAAAAAACACGGUAUCCCUUCUUCUACCACCCCCGCUCGAUAUUACUGAGCAGUUUGCUCACUAGCUAUCCACUGCACUGUCAGCCAGCACACAUUACGCAAUCUACCGCCGAAUCGGAAAGCAAUCUGAUCUAGGGUGUGUCUCAGGCGUGACAGAAAACCCUCAACUGUGCAAAAGCUGUUCUGCAGACUCACCCAAUCCAUGCCCAACAAUGGUACGGACGAGGUCAGCACCUUUGGGAGAAUGCAAAAGGAAUUGAACUGCAUUUCGAUGAAGAGAUAUGUAGCUGGUCUGGUACUACCCGCAUCGGUGUCACUUGGAGAUUAGGCGGUGGCAACAAGGUCCUCGAAAAUCAAUAGUGUCCACCCAGUACAGAAUGUUGCGAAAUUAUUUCAAGAAAACUUCAACGAGAGCUAAAAUUAGUUUUGUUCACAUUUUUUUAGUUUGGGACAACGGUGCGGCGACUCACCCGCACAUGCGUUAUCUCACCGAAUCGACUUUUUUUUGAAAUGUUUGUGGUAUUUUAGGUACCCACUUAUCGCGAUUGAUCACAAUGAUUUCAU